UACCUGCAGCUGACUGUUUUUUUUUCGAAAUUGUAGGAAAUGUUUGUAGCUCUAGCUCAUAGUACAAGGAUUAUCGCAGGCUCUAGGUAAAAGUGUAGUCAAUAUAUCAGCAUUUUCUCAGUUUUACUAUCAAAUUUAUUUAAAUGAAUAGCCGUAAAAGGAAUGCUAUGCAGGUCAUGCAACAAAAUAAAGCUUGCGUCAAUAGAAUAAUCCGUGCUUUGCCUCCCCCAUUCCUGAGACAGGCAACCCCAUAUACCCUGGCAGACUUCCAUCCUAAUGUGAAGACUGCAUGUGCCAAUGAAAACCAGUUGCUUAAUGUUACACUGAAGGUAGCCAAAGUUGUCAUAUUGGGGGAUGUUGGAACUGGCAAAACAUCCCUUGUUAACAGAUUUGUCAACCAAUCCUUCAGCAACAACUACAAAGCAACAAUUGGAGUGGAUUUUGAAGUAGAAAGAUUUGAUGUCCUGGACAUGCCAUUUAAUCUGCAAAUUUGGGACACGGCUGGUCAAGAAAGGUUUCGCUGCAUCGCAUCAUCAUAUUAUCGUGGAGCGCAUGCCGUGGUGCUGGUGUGUGACGUGACCAACCUGUCAACGCUGACACAUGCUGCUCAGUGGCUGCAGGACGCCCAGGAUGCCAACCCAGGCACCCAGCAUGACAUGAUGGUCAUGUUGGUGGUCAACAAGCGUGAUAUGGUUAACGACACUAUGUUCGGCAUCGUUGAAGUGAAGGCGCGCCAGAUGUGCCUGUCCCUGGGCGCCGAGUACUGGGCCGUGUCCGCCAAGACCGGCGAGUGCGUCGAGGACUUCUUCAGGAGACUCGCUGCCCUCGUAUUCAACGCCGCUGUCAUUGCCGAGGUCGGCAGUGAAAUUAAACAGCCCGCUAUAAAGAUCGGCGAUGGGCUCAUGUGCGACGCCAACGGCAACGCCAACCGCGAGGCCAAGAAGAGUGGCUGCUCCGACAACAACUCAAAGUGCGGCUAAACUUCGGCGUGCCCUUGGCAUCGAGCUCUGCGUAUCAUGGCUACGGAUCGCUCGUCAUCCUGCGCCAGCGUGGCAGACGACAUUAGUACUGUCUUUGACAUUAGACAUUACUACUGUCUUUGACAGUACACAUUACUACUGUCUUUGACUGUACACAUUACUACUGUCUUUGACAGUAGACAUUACUACUGUCUUUGACAGUACACAUUACUACUGUCUUUGACAUUAGACAUUACUACUGUCUUUGACAGUACACAUUACUACUGUAUUUGACAGUAUACAUUUCUACUGUCUAUGAAAGGAAGAGAAAUUUUUUGUUGAAAUUGCCGAAAUAAUCGCUGCAAGUGAGCCAUGUCAAAGACAGCUGCCUGAAAACGAUGUUGGCAAAAUGUUCUUGAUACUUUAGGUGAUAGUGAAUUAUAAUUUAUCA